CGACAGAGCAAUAUCUCGCUGUAUCACUGCGAGGACUUGCAACCAGAUCUGUAAUCGCCGCCGCAAAGAUGAGGGGAGUAAACCUCAAGCCCUCGCGGGUAUAUCAAACGGCCUCUAUGCUCCUGGAAUCCCACAGCAUAAGUCAACCUCCGCCCUGGUAUUCAACAAUAGGAGCAAUCCCUCCCUCCGAGAUCCUGACACGCACACUGCCUACCCAACACCAGGAGCGAAAGCCGAAGUCGCGUGUACGGAAACCAAGCAAAAUGUUCAAACCUCAGCCUAUCGAGUACGAAGAAGAUCGAUUAAGGAGGGAAUUCUAUGGUGAUCACCCAUGGGAGUUGGCCAGACCAAGAAUUGUCUUAGAGAAUGAUGGGAGGGAUGGGCAGAGGUGUGAUUGGAGCAGGUUGCAGCAGACCGGGAGACCUUUGAACGGCGAGAGUGUGGUUCAGAGGCAGCUGUGGCUCAUGAAUAACGCCGGAUUGAGCAAAAACCAAGCCUAUGAUUUGGUACGAAAGGAGUUCUAUGCUCUUCGUCACGAAGAGGAAGUGGAACGACGAGUUGCCAAGGAAGAAGCUCUGUGGGUUGGGGCACAGUUCGGAAAGAGCGCAUUAGAAGUCGGGAUGGAAUUGGAAGACAAGACCUAUGAACAAUGGAAAGAGUGGGCUAUAAAGGAGACUGAAGCCAUUGAACGGCAAAGAGAUUCCGCAUACACCACCAUUGGGACUCCGAAUGAGGAGGAAGGCGGUCUGGAGUUGGCUACGGAAACCACCGAGCAGUCUACUUUGGUUUGAAGAAGUCUGGCUGUGGUAUGAAUGUAUUGGUAGGCAAGGCGAAGGAAACUUGGGCGCGAAUCAUGUAGAAAUUCUGUGUACUAUGUAAAUUAGUGUUCCCUUGGAAGAGUCCAAAAUCUACCCCUGUCCUACUCUGUAGGGAGAAGCUUGGAGCAUUUUAGAACAUAUUCUCAAACCAAAUCACCUUGUUACGCAGACAGAAUCCGUGGCUGCAUAGCUCAAAGGGCCUUCU